CAGUUUACGACAGCGCCGAUGGUGUUUGCGGCGCCGGCCGGUGCGCGCGCAUCUUUCCUCCCUUUUUACCGGGUUCCUCGGAGGGCACCCGGGUGCGCGGUCUCCGGCCCGGACCAUCUCUCGCCAUCGGGGCCGGCGGAGGCCUUUACAGGUUUUAGAAGAUGGCAAAGUUCAUGACACCCGUGAUCCAGGACAACCCAUCAGGCUGGGGUCCAUGUGCGGUGCCCGAGCAGUUUCGGGAUAUGCCCUACCAGCCAUUCAGCAAAGGAGAUCGGCUAGGAAAGGUUGCAGACUGGACAGGUGCCACAUACCAAGAUAAGAGGUACACGAAUAAGUACUCCUCUCAGUUUGGUGGUGGAAGUCAGUAUGCUUAUUUCCAUGAAGAGGAUGAAACUAGUUUCCAACUGGUGGACACAGCACGCACACAGAAGACUGCCUACCAGCGGAAUCGGAUGCGAUUUGCACAGCGGAACCUCCGCAGAGACAAAGAUCGACGGAAUAUGUUGCAGUUCAACCUGCAGACCUUGCCUAAGAGUGCCAAGCAGAAAGAGAGAGAGCGCAUACGGCUGCAGAAAAAAUUCCAGAAACAAUUCGGAGUGAGGCAGAAGUGGGACCAGAAGUCACAGAAACCCCGAGACUCUUCAGUUGAAGUCCGUAGUGACUGGGAGGUAAAAGAAGAAAUGGACUUUCCUCAGUUAAUGAAGAUGCGCUACUUGGAAGUAUCAGAGCCACAGGACAUCGAGUGUUGUGGUGCCCUGGAGUACUACGAUAAAGCCUUCGACCGCAUCACCACGAGGAGCGAGAAGCCGCUGCGGAGCAUCAAGCGCAUCUUCCACACUGUCACCACCACAGAUGACCCUGUCAUCCGAAAGCUGGCAAAAACCCAGGGUAAUGUGUUUGCCACUGAUGCCAUUCUGGCCACACUGAUGAGUUGCACCCGCUCCGUGUAUUCCUGGGACAUUGUUGUGCAAAGAGUUGGGUCCAAGCUCUUCUUUGAUAAAAGGGACAACUCUGAUUUUGACCUCCUGACAGUGAGUGAGACUGCCAAUGAGCCCCCACAAGAUGAAGGCAAUUCCUUCAAUUCACCCCGCAACUUGGCCAUGGAAGCAACCUACAUCAAUCACAACUUCUCCCAGCAGUGCUUGAGAAUGGGGAAGGAAAGAUACAACUUCCCUAACCCAAACCCAUUUGUGGAGGACGACAUGGACAAGAACGAAGUCGCCUCUGUCGCCUAUCGGUACCGCAGGUGGAAACUUGGAGACGACAUUGACCUUAUUGUGCGCUGUGAACACGAUGGUGUCAUGACUGGAGCCAACGGGGAAGUGUCCUUCAUCAACAUCAAGACACUCAACGAGUGGGAUUCCAGGCACUGUAACGGCGUUGACUGGCGUCAGAAGCUGGACUCUCAGCGAGGGGCUGUCAUUGCCACUGAGCUGAAAAACAACAGCUACAAGUUGGCCCGAUGGACCUGCUGUGCUCUGCUGGCCGGAUCUGAGUAUCUCAAGCUUGGUUAUGUGUCCCGGUACCACGUGAAAGAUUCCUCACGCCAUGUCAUCCUGGGCACCCAGCAGUUCAAGCCCAAUGAGUUUGCCAGCCAGAUCAACCUGAGUGUGGAGAACGCCUGGGGCAUCCUGCGCUGCGUCAUUGACAUCUGCAUGAAACUCGAGGAGGGCAAGUACCUCAUCCUCAAGGACCCCAACAAGCAGGUCAUCCGCGUCUACAGCCUGCCUGAUGGCACAUUCAGCUCUGAUGAGGAUGACGAGGAUGAAGAGGAGGAGGAGGAAGAGGAGGAAGAGGAAGAAACUUAAACCGGAUGGUGACGUGGAGCUGGAGUUUGUGAUUCCACUGAGCUUAGAAGGCUUUGGAUGCCCAGUGGAAUGCUUGUCUGAUUAUUGUUGAGGUUUGAAGGUGGAAUAAAGUCUAACCAUUUAGUCUCCUA